AUGGCUGAGCGCAGUGCUUCUGGCCUUUGGACCGCUCUUAAGCAGCGGUUUGAGCGGCUGAAGUACACUGUGAAGCCACGUGCAGAGGCAGAGUGGAUCCGUCUGAGGUUUGCGGACUUCAAGACGGUUGGGGAGUACAAUUCGGCUCUGCACCAGAUUUGUACGACUCUUCGGUUGUGUGGUACUGAGAUUACCGACUCCGAGAAGAUUGAGAAAACCCUAUCCACUUUCCACCCCGACGCGGUCCAGUCCUCACGGAACUACCCCCAUGGGAACUACACGAGGUAUUCAGAGUUGAUUGACGUCCUCCAGGUGGCGGAGGCACAGGACGAGGUUCUCAAAAAGAACUUUCUCGUGCAACCACUUGGGGGGAGUUCUCGCCAGGAGGUGAACGCUCUCAAAGUCCGCAAGCCUCAACAGAAGAAGUGGGGCCGGAAGGGCAAGAAGAAGGGCCCUCACCCCCCCACCCCGGCUAAGCAGAACAAGCCGGGCAAGGGAGGGCAAAGGCCUCAGGACUGCUUCCGUUGUGGCUCGGUGGAGCAUUUCUCCCACCAGUGCCGCGCAUCAUAG